AUGGCGCAAGGAAAUUUAAAACUAAAGUCUAAAUCAAGUGGAGGUAGAGUUACAAAGAAACAGCAAAAUCCUAAAAAAGCUGCACCCAAAAUCAUAAAGCCCAAGAAGCAAGUAGCCAAAGAGAAUAUCAAGUUAACUAAGAUCCACCAAGGUCAAUUAAUGAAAAGUACUGAGAAAUUGAUAGCAGGAAGAGUUGGUCAUCUAGAAAUAUUGAAAGGUUCAAGGAGACAAAUAGAGAAAGAGAAUAAAGCUUCCACGAACAGAAAGAAAUGA